CGCAGUAGUUUCGUACAUACACAUCCAAAUCCCACUCUGUGCGAAGCGAUCGUCGAGCAUAAGCAAAGCAUAAUUCUCAAUUCUCCUCUUCACAGAUCUUCGCUUCCAUUUCUAUAACGUGGCGGUCAUGUGUUCUCACAAUUCUCUCACCUUGCCAUUUUACCGUGGCUUUGGUGCACAUCUUGAGCUCUCUGGAUUGUUUUAACAAUUUAGUUAAUGUGCAUCAUGCACAUACUUUUCUUUGCUCAUCACUCUCUUCGUAGCUCUUUUUACUCCAGAAGCUCCGAAGGAUGAAUGGUGUUAAAUAUAUCUACAGUUGUUGAGCAUCCUACAAUAUUAUUUUUGCCAUAGCGGCGUAACAACAUUUUUUCUGGACUAGCUUCAUUCCAACUCUGACCGUGAAGUUGAACACAUCGUUUUUUGCAGUAUAAUUUUCCGGGUUCACUGUCAUUUAACAAAUUAGUGUGGAAGUAUAUUUUUGUGGUGAAUCAUCAUUGAAUGGUUGCUUGGUUUGGAAAAAGAUAAACAAUUGGUAUUGCUGCUUGUAGUUGAAAAAAGUUAAAUUAACGGAAGGUUCAUUUGCAGUAUUGCCAAUAAUAACGUUCUAUUUGUUUUGAAAAGUAUUCACCACCAACCUACCCAAAAAUACUAGAAAGUGUAGCGGGGAUUGUAAACGUUGCGAUACUAUUUUAUAAAAAUAGUGUGCUAUAGAUCGAAGAAAGUACUGUUCAACAGCGAUAAAGAAACGGAAUAUAUUUACACGAACAACUGCACAAAGCAAAAGAGCCGCAGCAAAAAAGUGAUCGACACCAUUUCGUUUGUAGUUGGAGAAGUUUUGUCCCAGCCAACUAACUAAGCAGACGGAGCACAGCAGUGAAACUUAUAUAGACAAAGCUCCUAUUGGAACCGGCAAAGCGACAAUAAUCUCUGGAAUACCCUCACUGAAGUUCCUGGAAGCUAAGUAUUUGCCAUAUAUAAUACAAUACUUCAACACCAACAUCGCCUGACUUCGCAAAGAGCAGAGCCUAACAGUAGCAGAAAUAUGAAUGGCUCAAGCUACGAAAUUAACACGAAUGGAGAUAUUCUCUCACAGAACCAGCAGAAGGGUUGGUGGACAAUUGGUCUUAUAAAUGGGCUGUACAAAUAUAUGACGGCUGAGACAUUCGGCUACAAGUUGAACGCCAACGGAGCUAGUCUAAAGAAAAAACAACUCUGGACACUUGAACCAUCCAACACCGGAGAAAAGCGCUGGCAGCCUGGUACCAACUCAAAGCCAGAUGUCAAAGGUGUAAUUUAUUUGAAAUCACAUUUGGGUAGAUACUUGUCGGUGGAUUCGUUUGGAAACGUUUUGUGUGAGUCGGAGGAGCGUGACGCCGGAAGUCGUUUCCAGAUAAGCAUCGCAGAUGAUAACUCAGGGCGGUGGGCACUGAAGAAUGAACAACGCGGCUACUUCCUCGGUGGAACACCAGAAAAACUCACUUGUACAGCUAAAGCCCCAGGAAAGGGUGAAUUCUGGAGUGUACACCUUGCUGCCAGGCCUCAAGUGAAUCUUCGCUCUGUUGGGCGCAAGCGUUUUGCUCAUUUGUCUGAGUCACAAGAUGAGAUUCAUGUCGAUGCCAACAUUCCGUGGGGCGAAGAUACGCUAUUUACUUUGGAGUUUCGUGCCGACGAAGAGGGUCGAUAUGCAUUGCAUACAUGCAACAAUAAAUACCUCAAUUCUACUGGUAAGCUAGAGACCAAAUGUACCGACGAUUGUUUGUUCAGUGCUGAGUACCAUAGUGGUCACCUAGCCCUGCGCGAUCGCCAUGGAGUGUACUUGUCACCAAUUGGUUCAAAAGCUGUGCUGAAGUCGCGUUCGCAAACGGUUACUCGCGACGAAUUGUUCUCUUUAGAAGACUCUCUCCCUCAGGCAUCGUUUAUUGCUGCACUUAACAAUAAGUACGUUUCAGUGAAGCAAGGUGUCGACGUAACCGCUAAUCAGGACGAAAUUGGAGACAACGAAACAUUCCAAUUGGAGUAUGACUGGUCUGCUCAUCGUUGGGCCUUGCGGACUACACAGGUAGACCGCUAUUGGUGCCUCUCGACGGGAGGUGGCAUUCAGGCUACUGGAAAUCGUCGAUCUGCUGAUGCACUAUUCGAGCUGGAAUGGCAUGGUGACGGGUCGGUAUCUUUCCGUGCUAACAAUGGAAAGUUGCUCUCGACAAAACGUUCUGGACACCUGUUUGCAACUGCUGACGUGUUUGAGGACACUACUAAGUUUUAUUUCUAUCUAAUUAACCGUCCUAUUCUGGUUCUGAAGUGUGAGCAGGGCUUCGUGGGCUACCGUGCUCCAGGUAGUAACAAACUAGAGUGCAAUAAAGCUGUCUACGAAACAAUUUUGGUCGAACGCGCCCAAAAGGGUGUCGUUUACUUCAAAGGACAAAAUGGAAAAUACUGGAGGAUUGAUGGAGAAGGAAUAGCUGCCGAUUCGGAUACACCGAUUGAUGGAUUUUAUAUCGAACUACGUGAACCUACACGCAUCUGCCUCCGAUCGAACGAUGGUCGGUACCUUGGAGCUACCAAGAAUGGAACAUUCAAACUCGUGGAUACCGGAUUCGAAACUGCGACUCAAUGGGAAUACUAAACAGUUAAGUGCAAUGCGUAGUAUCUCGUCGGUUCGAGUACAUUCGCACUCGAAAUUUUAGCAUGUUAGGUUACUCUUCUUCUUAUCCAACUUUAUAAAAAAAAUCAAAAAACAGAUUCCUUGAAGGAAAACAAAUCUGUUAUUCAAUCAUUUCACAAAGCAAUCAAUUUCCUUCAUUCCUCUGCUGGAUCCCAAAUUUUAUUUGUAAAUUAUUUUUACUGUUCUGAUAACAAAUAUUAUAUAAAGACCCUAAAAAACAAAUAAUAUGAAAGAAAAAAAUACACGCAUUAUGUAACGUAAGGCUUACUUUUGAAUGAACUACUAUACCAUCAUUCUGAAUAUUCCUUCUACGAAACAUGCCUACAUUUAUUGUAACAACCAUCAACUGGAUACAUCAAAAAUUGAACUAUAUACUUAUAGAUCUGAUCUGAAUAGAUCAUUAUUUGAAAAAACGUAACUACCAUUACAGUAGAUAUGAUUAGUAAGUAAAUAUUCAAACAUGCAAUUUUCUCCCCCUGUCUUGUUCUCUUUGAUUCGAAUUAUUGUUGUUCAAAUCUACUGUUCACCAUUAAUAGAUUGUUUGCGGUAGGUAUUCUUGAAGUAAAAGGAAUACGUCGAAGGCUUAGAAAAUGUGACGGCUUUCGAAUACUGAGAAUUUCGAGGAUGCCUACUAGCUAAUUCCUUAAUUAGUAUUCAUUAUCCUCAUAAAAAGCAUUCAUCACGUGGAAUAGAACCAAGUACUGCCAAAAUUUUACCAAUGAAAAUACUCCGGAAAAAACAGGUUCAUCGUAAGCUAUCGGAUAUUUUCAAUAGUAAAGUCACGAGAAAACAUUAUUGUUGUAAAGUAAUUGUCUAGUUUUUGUUUAAAAAAAAACUUUGAAAAUUAUGCUAGCAGGUGUAUGUAAAAUAUUUAUUUAUAGUGAUCAAUAUGUGUUUAUCGACUAACCUUGUGUUAUAACAAUUUGAGUUUCGAUAGACCUACAACUAGAAAUAUUUGAAAAUCCGCAGCAAGUUUAGCGCGAAAAAUGUAUUGUAUAGCGGUUGAACAGGCCGCAAAAAAACUUUUUACAAGUAAACUAUUAUACGAAAUAUUUUAUGAUGAAUAUUUAAGACAAAAUCAUUAUGCAGAUAAAUGACGUACGUAUGUGUGUAAUCAAAUCAAAUUAAAUAGAAAUAAACGGUAAUGCAUCAGAUUACUGA